AAGAACUUCGUCAUAUAGCGGCACGUAUUUACAUUACAGAAGCCAUCCCUAUAUACGACUGAAACUGAAUCGAGUUUUUUUCUGUUCCUGCAAAUUCAAAACCCAAUCUGAAUCUUUUCCUUUCCUUCAUUUGAAAUUGACCUUACCCACCCAGAUCCCAAAUUCCCACCUUGUAAAUUAUCCGCCUUAUUUUCCCAUUCCAAGGAAAGAAGCCAAUCCACGACCGAUCCAAUGCCGCUUUGAAUCGCGUGCCGUCCUCCUUCCGUGGGAACAUCUUUGUUGCUUUUGAAUUCGAUUUUUGGAGCAGUUGGGCCGAUGAGUAACAUGUCACACUGUUUCUGAAACACAAAAAGACCCUUUUCUUUAAUUCCCUUUGGAACUGCUCCGUGUUUGAAGAGUGUAAGAGAGAAGGAGAGUGUAGUGAAUGGGGAUGGGUUCCAAAAUGGAAGGACCGUCUACCCCAGCAAUUCGACGUGACCCAUACGAGGUAUUGUCCGUGUCGAGAGACUCAACCGAUCAAGAAAUUAAAACGGCUUACAGAAAGCUUGCUCUUAAGUAUCACCCUGACAAGAAUGCCAGCAAUCCUGAAGCUUCGGAGCUAUUUAAAGAGGUUGCAUAUUCUUAUAGUAUCUUGUCUGACCCAGAAAAGAGAAGGCAGUAUGACAGUGCUGGAUUUGAGGCCCUUGAUGCUGAUAGCAUGGACAUGGAAAUUGAUUUAUCUAAUCUUGGGACUGUGAACACAAUGUUUGCAGCUUUAUUCAGCAAACUGGGUGUCCCUAUCAAGACUACCAUUUCAGCUAAUGUUCUUGAAGAAGCUCUGAAUGGAACAGUUACAGUCAGACCCCUUCCAAUUGGAUCAUCAGUCAGUGGAAAGGUAGAGAAGCAAUGUGCUCAUUUCUUUGGUGUGACAAUAAAUGAGCACCAAGCUGAGUCAGGCAUUGUAGUAAGAGUUACUUCAACUGCACAAAGCAAAUUCAAGUUACUCUACUUUGAACAAGAUGCGAAUGGAGGCUAUGGUUUAGCAUUGCAGGAAGACAGUGAGAAGACUGGCAAGGUGACAUCUGCAGGAAUGUAUUUCUUACAUUUUCAAGUGUAUAGAAUGGAUUCGACGGUGAAUGCGUUAGCAAUGGCCAAGGAUCCUGAAGGGGCCUUCUUUAAAAGGUUGGAAGGUCUUCAGCCUUGUGAAGUCUCGGAACUAAAGCCUGGCACUCAUAUAUUUGCUGUUUAUGGAGAUAACUUCUUUAAGACUGCUAGCUAUACAAUUGAGGCAGUAUGUGCAAAAUCAUAUGAAGAUACCACCCAAAAACUGAAGGACAUUGAAGCUCAAAUUUUAAGAAAGAGGAAUGAGCUACGCCAAUUUGAAGCAGAAUAUAGAAAGGCAUUGGCACGCUAUCAGGAAGUGACAGACAGAUACACAAAAGAAAAACAAUCCGUAGACGAGCUUCUGAAACAAAGGGAUGGUAUCCAUUCUUCCUUCUCCAUUGUGAAGUCAACCAAUAUUAGUGGAAGUGGUAGCAAUUUAAGCAAUGGAAGUUCUAGCAAAAUUAAUGGUGACGAGAGUCCAGGGGAAGAUGGAGGGUCAGAUGGCAAGGAUAAAUCAGGCAAAAAGAAAUGGUUUAACUUGAAUCUUAGGGGUUCUGAUAAGAAGUUGAUUUAAUAUUAUUAAUUAAACACUUGAUUUAUUUGUCAGUUUCAAUCAGCUUGGGUUGCAGUUUUUGUCUAGAUUAUUUUUCUCUGCUUGGUUCAGCCAAGCUGGUUAAUCUGUUCAUUGGUAAUGUGAUGCAUUCGAAUGAAGGUAUACAGUAUUUAUCUUACUGUUUCCAAUAUUUUUGUUACUCCGACAGACCCACAUCAUCCAAUUUCCUUGUAGCGACCUGUAUACUUAUAAUUUUUAUAUUGUUAUUUUGUAAUGAUAUAUUCAUUCUUGUAA